AUGAAGGAAUUCAAUAUUUUAAAAAAAAUUAUAUUUUUUUCGAUUUUUGUUUAUUCUUUGGAACAUACUAAAAAUGUUUUAUGUGAUUCAAGCGCAGGAAAUAUUGUACCCAUCCAAUCAGACUUAUUAAAUUUUAAAAUUAGUAAAUCACCAAAAAAAUCAUAUUAUUUUCUCGAUUUGAUAAAUUCUUAUGAUUCAAUUAUAAAUUUUGCAGCUAAGGCAUAUGAUAAUAAUGAAGAUUGCGGAGAAACAAAAGGUAUUGAAGGAAAUAGGAAGUCAAUUGAAAACCUAAAUAAAUUUAAUAUAUUUAACAUUGGGGAGGGAACAAUUAUUGAAUCGGAAUGUUCAAAAAGUGAUAUUUCGAGAAAAUCAAUAAAAGUGAAUAAAAAUAAUGAUGAUAAUAAAAAUAAAGAUAAAAAAUCAUCACAAAAAAAAUCCGGUAAUAACUGCAAAAAAAAGACAAAUUUACUUACAAUUAUUCUAUCAAAACUUUAUAAACGCAAACAUUGA